UAGACACUGAUCAUUGUGCAACAUGUUUGGGCUAUGGCAGACGACGGAGACAGCGGAGCAGAAGGAGGCGAAGGUGAAGGCGGCGAUGGAGACGAAGACGAAGGAGGAAACGCUUCUCCGAGCUGCAGGAGAUGGCAACUUGGCCACCGUCCGCUCCUCGUUCAACGACGGCGUCAACAUCAACUGCAAAGAGAGCGCUGGUUGGACGCCACUGCACUAUGCUGCUCGUUACGGUCAUUUCGAGAUCGUCCGGUUUUUGCUGGAAAGAGGCGCCGAGAUCGACGCCAGCAACAACUAUCUCAACACGCCACUGCACUAUGCCUCGCAAAACAAUAAAGUGGAGAUCGUUCGUCUCCUCUUGGCACAUAGCGCCAACGUCAAUGCGACAAAUUACUGGAUCAAAAUGCCGCGCACGCUCGCGGGCGAAGAAGGCCACGUCCAAGUCCAAGAGCUUUUGCGCAAGCACCCAGAAACGAUCCAG